CAGUCAAAAAUGAAAUAUCCCACAAAACUGAUGUGGGUCCCAUAAGAAAAACGCGUUGAAACUUGAAAUCUUUCUUUUGAUUCAGAUCUCUCCUCUCUCUUCCUUUUCCGAGAUCUUUAAUGUGACGUGGCACCCUCUCUCCCUCUAAAAAAAUAUCUUUCCCUGCCAGCUGACAUCGAGACAAAACACUUUUUUUCUAAUUCCUCUCUCCUUCCACGUCAUCCUUUCUCUAACCUGCGCCACCAUCCACACCCUCAGUUCCCAUAUCUCAACGGCCGAUCAUCUCUCCAAGUUGCGAAGCUCAUGUUAGCACCCACCACCACCGGUUGAACAAAAAGACGACGCCAUUGGAUUACCAGAUAAAAUAUAGAGACUGGCCCGAUUGGUCGGUGCUAAAGUGCGCGGAUUCGUGACAGGUGUCGGCGUUGAAUUUGGCAAUUCCUCUUUUUUUUUUUUUUUUUAUUGGUGAAGGUUUGAUGUGAAUUUCCGGAAAUUAGAAGAAGAAAUUUGUAACCGGGGUUACAUUUGCGGCGGCGGAGGAAGGUGAUGGAGAGGAGUGGUGGGGAGGGAUUUAUUGAUCGGAGUAAGGUGAGGAUUUUGCUCUGCGAAAAUGAUGAAAAAAGCUCCGGCGAGAUUUCUACACUUCUCUCUCAAUGUUCUUAUCAAGUGACUUCCGUAAAGUCACCGAGGCAAGUGAUCGAGGCACUAAAUGCUCAGGGGCCUGAUAUAGAUAUUAUUCUCUCGGAAGUCGACCUACCAGUAUCAAAAGGAUUGAAAAUGUUGAAAUAUAUCAUGAGGGACAAAGGGUUGCGACGUGUACCCGUCAUCAUGAUGUCAGCGCAAGAUGAGGUCCCUAUUGUCGUCAAGUGCCUGAAAUUUGGAGCAGCUGACUACCUAGUGAAGCCGUUACGUACUAAUGAGCUGUUGAACUUGUGGACUCACGUCUGGAGAAGAAGGCGAAUGCUUGGACUAGUGGAGAAGAAGAUUGUGAGUUACGAUUUUGAUGUAGUUGGGUCGGGCCAUAGUGAUGCUAAUACAAGCAGCACUACUUUAUUUUCGGAUGAUACAGAUGACAAAUCCGGAACGAGCAUUAACCCAGAGACGCAUAUUUCAACCCAUCAAGAAAAUGAGACGAAUAGCACCAUCGCCGCUCCUAUAGCUACUGCAAUUGGGGUUCGUUCAGAGUGUCGGCCUGAAGUGCCAAGCAUUAGUGACAGACGGACAGGACAAAUGCCAUCUUUUCCGAACAAGAGCGAACUGAAGAUAGGCGAAUCUUCUGCCUUUUUCACCUACGUCAAAUCAAGCACAGUCGAAAGCACCAACCAGGGUUCGUCUUCUUCAAUCCACGAAAAUACACCUCAGCAUUUGACCAUUAUGGAGAAUCCAAGCAUACAAAUACCCGAUAGCAGAGAAACUCGCGAUAACCAUUCAUUAGCAGCAACAGACAAUAAUCCCGAAUCUUUUCCUAUCGAGAGGAACUCAAACGAAGAGUUCUAUCCUUAUUACAUCUCCGCGUUUAUGAAUCAAGCGAUGAUGUCGUCGUUUUCUAUGUAUCACAACAACCAACCUGAUGUACAUAACUACAAUCAAAUCCCACAAUGCCCUCCUCAAAUUCCAGUGAUGGCAUCUUACCCAUAUUACCCCUUUGGUAUGUACCCACAACCAGGUCAAAUGCCUGCACCAAAUCCAUGGCCUUCAUCUGAAAAUUGCUCGUCCAAUGAAGUGAAGUUGACUAGUGUUGACCGUAGAGUGGCGGCCUUGAUUAAGUUCAGGCAGAAACGAAAGGAAAGAUGCUUCGAUAAAAAGAUAAGGUAUGUGAAUCGGAAAAAACUUGCGGAACGAAGACCACGUGUGAAGGGCCAGUUUGUGAGGAAGGUUAACGGUGUUAGUGUGGAUUUGAAUGGGCAACCUGCUUCAGCAGAAAAUGACGAGGAAGAGUACGAUUAGGAAAAAUCAAACUGCUGGUACGGAUUUUUAUCUGUUUUAAUAGGAAGAAUGUGAAAGUCGAAAUGUGGUUUCAUAUGUCGAAAUUAGUAGUGUAACACACUGUAAUAUCUAUGAGAAGCUUUAUUAUCUUAUUCUCUAGCUGAGGAUAUAAUGUUUUGCUUUUAUGUAGCAGUUUGUUAUAUAAUGACAUACUUAU